AGUGUUCCGUGGGGCCUCUGUAAUUGUCCUUCUCGGUACCCUUGUGUUAAAUGAUUCUGCUUGAAACUGAAACGUACGUCGUUUGUUUCAUGCAGCCAACUUUUCAAUAAAAAAAUGACCCAGUCAUUUUUGUUGCGGGUUCUUCUAGAAUACUUUUGAGCCUCCAUAAUCCUUUUAAUGCUUCACACACAUACAAGGAUCACAAAUGUAGGGGAUUAAAACCACAGAUUCAGUUACAUAUCCAAAAGACUGGCGAGAACUUUGAGAGAAUCUACAUCAACCGCACCUCCCCCGCCCCCUUCCCCUCGCUUCCACGCUUCAGCGCCUGCUGUUAGCAGCUAUUGCUAGGGGCUGGAGGUAUAGAGAUGCACGGGGCACGGGCAGGAGUAACAGAGGACCCCUUCUGUGAAGGCCUAGCGCCCUCUUGGAAGAAAUAAGCGGGGAAGGAAAGAUAUAAUUGUGAAAUUACUCUGGGAGGGACUUGCAUAUUACUGAAACAGCCAAUCUUUUCUCGACGUUUGUCUGGUUCUUGCCUGAAAACUGAGUGGAUUACUUUGGGCUGACGCAAAAGCAGUGAUGAGCGUUCCGGUAAGAGAAACCAGCUCGAACAACGGAAUGGAGUCGAAACAGGAAAUGGCAAGAAGUCUUUUGAAGACAUCGUCUAUGUCUAUAAGAACAAAAUUGCUGCAUAAAACCGGAGUGUCACUUUAUAAUACAUCUCAUGGCUUCCAUGAAGAAGUUGUUAAAAAAAAGCUUCAGCAGUUUCCCGGUGGAUCUGUUGACCUUCAGAGGGAAGACAGUGGCAUUGGCAUUCUUACUCUGAACAAUCCAAGUAAAAUGAAUGCCUUCUCAGGUGUUAUGAUGCUACAACUUCUGGAAAGAGUGAUUGAACUGGAAAGUUGGACAGAGGGGAAAGGUCUCAUUGUCCGUGGGGCAAAAAGUACUUUCUCCUCAGGAUCUGAUCUGAAUGCUGUGAAAGCACUAGGAACUCCAGAGGAUGGAGUGGCCAUAAGUAUGUUCAUGCAAAACACCUUAACAAGACUUAUGAGACUUCCUUUAGUAAGUGUUGCACUGGUUCAAGGUCGGGCAAUGGGUGGAGGAGCAGAAGUUACUACGGCAUGUGAUUUCAGAUUAAUGACGAGAGAGAGUGAGAUCAGAUUUGUCCACAAGGAGAUGGGUAUAGUACCAAGUUGGGGUGGUGCUGCCCGGCUGGUCAACAUAAUUGGCAACAGAGAAGCUCUCAAAGUGUUAACUGGGGCCCUCAAACUGGAUUCAAAAAAAGCUUUAGACAUAGGAAUGGUCGAAGAGGUCUUGCAGUCUUCAGAUGAAACUGAAUCUCUAGAAGAGGCACAAGAGUGGCUAAAGCAGUUUAUCAAAGGGCCACCGGAAGUAAUUAGAGCUUUGAAAAGAUCUGUUUCUUCAGGCAAAGAGCUUUGUUUAGAAGAGGCAUUACAGAACGAAAGAGAUCUUUUAGGAACACUUUGGGGUGGACCUGCAAAUUUAGAGGCUAUUGCUAGGAGAGCAAAAUUUAAUAAAUAGUUUUUUAAAAUAUGAUGUACUACAACUAAAACUCCAAUGAUUAAUGUGUAUAAAAAUCAAAUGACAUUAAAUAUGAAUGUCAGAAUUACUUUGAAGGCUACCACUGGUAUUUGGGUUUGUUUUUAAUAAUUUUUUGAGUACCCAAUCUCGCUGGCCUAGUUGUCAGUAUAUUUGGUUAUUUACCAAGUAAUCUGGAACAUUUGGCUAUACAAAACUUUUGGCUUAAAAAUUGUUAUCAAUUCUCAAAUUCCCAUAAUAGUUCUUAGCCUAUAACUGAAGAUCACUUUUCAAAAGGAAAAACUUGUACAUAAAACCUAUUCCUGGGGUUAUUUUUCAUGAAGUCUUUGUUCUGUCUUACCUGGAAACAACUUAUAAAAAUAACUGAAUGAACCUUGCAGCUGAAGAACAACAGUGGAGAGGGAUCAGGGGACAAGACUAUAAGGAAAGAUAUGAUCAAUCAUUUUUUUCUGCUCUAUGCAGCUGGAAUAAAGAAAUCACAGGGAAUGGCCCUUCUUUUAAAUAAAGAUGCUUCCCACUUCA